GGCGGGGCGAUGGCUCGGCUGACAAGACCUUCCCAAUAUGGCGGAGGCACGCCGUGUAUGAGGGCGGGCCCGGGAGACGCCGAGGCCAAUGGCGGACCGCGAGAGGCGGGAGGGCGCGGAAGACGGCCUCCGCACGCCCAACCCGGGGCUCGGGAGGUGGCUGGGGAGUGAAUUUUCUGGAAGGCGACUUUAAAGGCACCGGGCCGAAGCGGAGGGUAUCCCAGUGCCGCCGACGCUCGGGCCGGGGUGGGGUGCGCUAGUGGCAGGACGCGGGCUGCGCCGAAGUCGUCGCGGAACCACCUGGCGACUCCGCAGGAUGAACCACAAGAGCAAGAAGCGGAUCCGCGAGGCCAAGCGGAGUGCGCGGCCGGAGCUCAAGGACUCGCUGGACUGGACCCGGCACAACUACUACGAGACCUUCUCGCUGAACCCGGCGGCCGUGGCGGACAAUGUGGAAAGGGCAGACGCUUUACAGCUGUCCGUGGAAGAAUUUGUGGAGCGAUAUGAAAGACCUUACAAGCCUGUGGUUCUGCUGAAUGCCCAAGAGGGCUGGUCUGCUCAGGAGAAAUGGACUCUGGAGCGUCUGAAAAGGAAAUACCGGAACCAGAAGUUCAAGUGUGGUGAAGAUAACGAUGGCUAUUCAGUGAAGAUGAAGAUGAAAUACUACAUUGAGUACAUGGAGAGUACUCGAGAUGACAGCCCCCUCUACAUCUUUGACAGCAGCUAUGGUGAACACCCCAAAAGAAGGAAGCUUUUGGAAGACUACAAGGUGCCCAAGUUUUUCACAGAUGACCUUUUCCAGUAUGCAGGGGAGAAGCGCAGGCCCCCUUACAGGUGGUUUGUGAUGGGACCACCACGCUCUGGAACUGGGAUUCACAUCGACCCUCUAGGGACCAGUGCCUGGAAUGCCUUAGUUCAGGGCCACAAGCGCUGGUGCCUAUUCCCUACAAGCACUCCCAGGGAACUCAUCAAGGUGACCCGAGAAGAAGGAGGGAACCAGCAAGAUGAAGCUAUUACCUGGUUUAAUGUUAUUUAUCCUCGGACACAGCUUCCAACCUGGCCACCUGAAUUUAAACCCCUGGAAAUUUUACAGAAACCAGGAGAGACUGUCUUUGUACCAGGAGGCUGGUGGCACGUUGUCCUCAAUCUUGACACCACCAUUGCCAUCACCCAGAAUUUUGCCAGCAGCACCAACUUCCCUGUUGUAUGGCACAAGACGGUAAGAGGGAGACCAAAGUUAUCAAGGAAAUGGUAUAGGAUCUUGAAGCAAGAGCACCCUGAGUUGGCAGUCCUGGCAGACUCAGUUGACCUUCAGGAGUCCACAGGGAUAGCAUCCGACAGCUCCAGUGACUCCUCCAGCUCCUCCAGUUCCAGCUCGUCGGACUCGGACUCAGAGUGUGAGUCAGGGUCUGAAGGUGAUGGGACAGCACAUCGCAGGAAGAAGAGGAGGACGUGCAGCAUGAUGGGAAAUGGGGACACCACCUCCCAGGACGACUGUGUGAGCAAAGAGCGCAGCUCCUCCAGGUGACCAAGCACGGCUGUUUUCUGUGUGGAAGGACACGCUUGCAGCGAGGGCAGGCCUGGGGAGGGCAGCCUGUUGGAGCCUGCAGACCAGGGGAGGGCUGGCAAAAGCCAGGGAACAAGGAUGCUCUCAGAAUAUGAAUCCCUUCACUUACUGUUUGCGACCGUAGCUGCUUUUUCUGCUGCCGGUGCAAGUGAACGUGGCUUGUUUUAUGCGUAAAGGCAGGAGAACAUGAAUGGUGCCAAGAAUACCCUUUACACUAUUUAAUAAAAAUUGAACCCAUUUUA